AAACACACCAAGCACACAACGGCCAAGUUCGACUGGCUGCGCGACCUCGCGCACCUGCGCAAGCUCGAAGACGCCGCGACGAAAGAGCUCGACGGGUUGCUGAUCAAGUACCUGAACGACGCUGCCACGACCAUGCCCUCGUCAUCAGGCAAAUCGAGCUCGGCCGCUGCCAUCAGUGAUCCUGCGUCCCCAGAGAUCGUGACGUACGAUGGAGUGUUGCAGUCGUUUGUCGACGACUUGCAACACCAUCGUCUGCAUUGGAUCAAGCAAAUCCACGCCGAUCGCGACACACGAUGCGCGCUGAGGGACUUGGUGGCGCGGGUGCGGAUCGACCACUCGACCAACGGUCCAUUGUGGUUGGCGCGCGUCAAGCCGGACUUGCAAAACGUCAUGAUCGAUGCGAUUGUCGGCCAUCAUGUCGUGUGGGAACAGUUAGCCGCCGACGCUAGCGCGACUGCGCAGAAUGCUGCGAGGGCAGCAGCAGCGCUGCAUUUGUGCCUGCGGGGUGGGCUGGCGGAGUCGGGAAACCAAGACUCCCUUGACAAUGCAGGAGCUAUGUUGGACUUCCUCGGGGGAUCCGAGUGCCCGGAUGCCGCGCUAAAAGAAUCGUUGCAACGCCAGGCGCUCGAGCUCUACCACCGUCACAAUCAAGACCUGCGGCAACUGCAGCAGUCGUUUCUCCAGAAGUGUGGUGUCCAGGACGCGUCGGUGGCUCUGUCAAAAACGGGGGGCUGGCCCGCCACAGACCACGACCACUUCAUGAAAGUUUUCAAGGAUUGCGAACCAAAGGGAAUUCGAAACGACCAGUUCGUCACUCGCGUCGCAGCCGAAGUCACGAUGCAGCCGUUGAACGCAAUCCGGGCGCACGACACGUGGUAUCGCAGCGUGCGGCGUCUAGCUCAGCAAAGAGACGACAGCAUGGCUGAGCAUACACGGCGCGUACAGGCCUUCAAGGAUGACGCAAGAGCGGCGAUAGCUGCGGCGACAGCAGCCGCGGUCCUGACAAAGGCCAAAGAAGAGGAGCUGGCUCAGCGACUGGCGGACCAGGCGCUCAUGCAUGCAAAAGUCGAGCGAUUCAAAGGAAAGCGAAAUGCUAAAGCCGAUUUGGCCGCCCAUCAAGCAGAAAUCGCUCGGCUGGAAGCAGCAGCCAUGCAACAGGCUGCCGAUCGAAAACGGCAAAAGGACCACGAGCUCAAAAAGAAGCUACUGCAAGAUCACAAGGGAUGGCAGCACGUGAACGAAAUGGCGCAAGAAGAAGCGAAAGCGUUGUUACGAGCGAUGGAAGCUGAAGAGAGGAAGGAGCGCGACGCAUUCAACGCGGACCGGGUGGCCUUCCGCAUUGAGGAGUACGAGCAAAAACGCGAUGACUUGAAGCGCAAGGCGCUGCAAAAAGCCGAGGACGACGAACUCAGGCAACGCGCAUUGGAUGCGAUCAAGCUGGAAACGCCCUACGCCGAGAAGCUCAACCACAUUGCGGUCGACCCGGAGCGGACGCGAAAACCGACCGAGGCGUUCACGGCCAACGUGGAAGCUAUUCAAGACGGCUUGGGAAUUCACGAGACUGGACUGUUUCCGUCGCAUGGCUACGAUACAGAUAAACUUUUCAAGGACGCGAGGUUCAAGCUUGGUAUAGCGCUGCGGGAAGCUGGCCUGGGUUCGACCGACUACGCGAGGAAAGCCAUGUCGGCCAUCGCGGUGCGGAACAUGGGCGCCUACCGACACACUCCCCAGGCGCCGUCGCAGUUGUGGUGACGCAUGCGUCGUUGUUUUCGCCCCCCGUGUGAUUGGCUAAGAAACUGCUUCAACUUGGAGAAUUUUAACCAAUCGAACUUGAAAACAUUGAUCCAUGACGAGACAUUUUCGAAUUUUGCGCGCGACGAGUGUGCAAGGUUUUGCGGCGAUGCAGCGGAAAGGACGAGCCAAGGCGAUGCAACCAAGCAAGAAGUGCGCGUCGAAGAAGAAGAUGAUGGAGAUAGAAAACAAGGUCGUGGCGCGGGGUGAGAAAUCCACCAAAUCCAAUGACAAGAGACAAGCAGGGCAGAAACGGGGGCGCGACGAACUCCCACGAGGACCGACACGUCAAAAGAAGAGACCCGAGCAAACGGAUCUAUGCAACAACGAGAACACGUUCUACCUCAAACUUCUGAUGGUAUCCCCACCGCGACGUCGCCCCGACCAACGAAAUGAAGCUAUCCCCCAAGACGCAAACCUCCGUGUCCCUAACAAAUCUCAGAGCCGCAAACAUGUUGUGCUUGGAGAAGAGUGCCGAGUACUUACGUAUGACGACAGCGACGACGAUGCCGUUGAAAUGGCGCGAAAUGCACCAAACUCUGAAAGUAAGUUGUUCGCAUUUUUUACUGAAUUCAAAAGGUUUAGUACACUCCGCGCCACGCGUCGCCCCUGCAAUCCCCACAACAAAGCCAAUAACCACAACUACGAGCCCUGACAAUUCCGUGGAUAUGG